CUGUUUUUAUUAAUACAAAAACCCUGAAUCCUGAUCAUCCUCCUCGUGAAGGCCUGCGCUCCACCUCGAGCAACAAUGGCACUUAUUUGCAGUCCCUGCAGUGCCAAGCUUAACCCAAAACCUAAGAUUCGACUACUUUCUCUAUCGGCAAUUCCUAACGUCUUGAAUUUUCGCAGUCCGCCUUCUAUCAGCUUUUGUUCCAGCUUGAACUAUUCUGAAUUUUCCCGCGUGGUUCGACCGCUUAGGGGAACGGAUUUUCAAACCAGACGUCGGUUAAAGUCUGUAUACUGUGGUGCAGCAGCAACAGGUGCCGCCGCAACUGAUCACUAUUCGACGUUGAAUGUUAGCCGGAAUGCCACAUUACAGGAAAUAAAAGUCUCAUAUAAGAAACUCGCUCGCAAGUACCAUCCCGAUGUGAACAAGAACCCUGGAUCAGAAGAGAAAUUCAAAGAGAUAAGUGCUGCAUAUGAGGUCCUAUCAGACGAUGAGAAAAGAUCUUUAUAUGAUCAGUUCGGUGAGGCAGGUUUGCAGGGAGAAUAUGACGUCAGGAGCAGUGGUUCACCUGGGGUCGACCCCUUUGAAAUUUUUGAUGCAUUCUUUGGCGGAUCAGAUGGACUUUAUGGAGAAAGAGAUGGAAUUGGAGGCAUCAAUUUAAAUAAGAGGAGCGGAAGAAACCAAAAUCUUGAUAUUCAUUAUGACCUGCACUUAAGCUUUGAAGAAUCAGUGUUUGGAGGGGAGAAGGAAAUUCAACUUUUUUGUUUUGAGGCGUGUGAAAACUGUGAUGGAACGGGUGCUAAAACAAGUAAUUGCAUAAAAGUGUGCGCCAGUUGUCAUGGAAAAGGAGGAGUUGUCCAAACUCAGAGAACACCAUUUGGAAUGAUGUCUCAGGUGUCUACUUGUUCAGAGUGUGGUGGAGAUGGUAAGGUAAUAACAGAGUUAUGCCAAAGCUGUGGUGGCAGUGGUCAAAUGAAAUCAUUUAGAAAAAUGGAUUUAGUAAUCCCACCAGGCGUCAGUGAUGGAGCUACAAUGCGAAUUCAAAGAGAGGGCAGUUUUGAUAAGAAAAGGAGAAUGGCUGGUAACCUGUAUGUCACGCUCCGUGUAGAUGAAAAGCAUGGAAUUCGGAGAGAUGGUAUUCAUCUGUACUCCAAUAUUAGCAUUGACUAUACAGAGGCAAUUUUAGGUACUAUUGUGAAGGUUGAAACUGUUGAAGGCUUGAAAGACCUUCGAAUACCUGCUGGAGUUCAGCCAGGGGACAAAGUUAGCUUGUCAAGAAUGGGGGUUCCAAAUAUAAAUAAACCUUCUGUUCGUGGUGAUCAUCUGUUUAUCGUGAAUGUUCAGAUUCCAACAAGCAUCAGCGACAAAGAACGCGCAAUCAUUAAAGAACUGGCUUUGCACAAGGCAUCUAGUAACGGUACACACGAAAACCAAGGAAAUCUUGCUUCAAGCCAGGCAGCUAAGCGUAAAGCACCAUUUUGGUCUUCAUUUAAGAACUUCGUUGGUAAAAAACAGCCCCGGGAACGAUUUGCUUCGAUUGCCAUGGCGAUACCAAAACCGUCCUUUUGUAGGCCUUUGAAGGUGCAUUCUUCUUACACAAACUCACUCAUAGUAGCUUUAAUACUAACUUCACUCUUCUCCUUCAUCGGGAGAAAUUACUUCUGGGCAUUUUUACGAGGAAGAUCCCAUUCAUCUCCUACUCUUGAUAGUAGCUUUAAUACUAACUUCACUCUUCUCCUUCAUCGGGAGAAAUUACUUCUGGGCAUUUUUACGAGGAAGAUCCCAUUCAUCUCCUACUGUUGGUGGAAGAACAAGAAGUUCUUAGAUAUAUAUUGACAGACCAAGAGGGGCAAGAGCAAGACCCUUGAUUUCUUCUACCGUAGAACUUUAGUACACGAACUUUAUUCAGGUGAUUGAAGGGUUGCCACCUGAGUUCAAUUUAUUGUUAUAAUAGCCUGUAAUCGCCGGUGGGGGUACCCCACGAGGGAGGGGCAUUAGAUAUGGGCCUGCGCAUUGCUCAGACGAGAUAUAAAGAAAAUGGAAGUAUUACCAGAAAAGCAUUCAUUUAUGAGUUGCUAUUAAAAACAAUGAGGGAUGUAUUUUUUCCCCCCCUCCUUUUCAGAUUGGCAAAAUGAGGACUUGUAAUAUACAGAAAGCAAGGACUCUGAAGAGCUCGAUUUUAAAGGAAGUUUACAAAAGAGUCCAUUUUUUCA